AUGGCUCCAGGUGCUGUGAAUCAGAGCCUGGACUCGACGAGGCCAGUCCCGGGUACUAGUGCCUGGGAUUCUACGGAACUGAACAAUGGGAGCUCCUCUCGACUGCUCCGCUCUCCCGCGAACCUGUAUUCCGCCGCCCUGGAGGAGGUUCACGACCUGGUCGGUGUAGGGUUUGGGCCGGCCUCUCUGGCCAUUGCUAUAGCUCUGAGCGACCGGCUGCAAGCCCAAGCAGAAAUCGGACAUGGGAUUGACAGUCCCAAAGUGCGUUUCCUUGAACGACAGAAGUCGUUCAAAUGGCACGCAGGAAUGUUGCUCCCGGGUGCCAAAAUGCAGAUAUCCUUCAUCAAAGAUCUGGCCACCCUCCGGGAUCCAUGCAGCCAUUUCACCUUUCUUAAUUACCUGAAAGAGCACGACCGGCUAGUUCAGUUCACCAAUCUCUGCACCUUCUUGCCAUCCCGCCUCGAAUUCGACGAUUAUUUGCAGUGGGCGGCGGGUCAUUUUGGUAAUGUGGUGGAAUAUAGCCGGCAGGUUGAGUCAAUACAUCCUCGGAAAUUGGGAACUACGGGGAAGUACGAUUGCUUCGAGGUGGUCUCGCGCAAUCUGUCCACUGGCCAACUGAACACGAUCUUGUCUCGGAACGUGGUUAUUGCGGCGGGCGGCAGACCAGCAAGGCCGGCCAUCUUCCCUGCCUACCAUGAGCGCAUUUUGCACUCAUCCGAGUACCAGACGAGGAUCGCGCAGAUCCUACCGGACAAGGACAAGGCCUACAAUAUUGCCAUAGUCGGAGCCGGUCAAAGCGGCGCUGAGGUUUUCAAUGAUCUUCACAGCCGAUACCCCAAUGCCGCGACGAGAUUGAUCUUCCGUGAUACCGCUCUGCGACCAAGUGAUGACUCGCCAUUUGUCAACGAAGUGUUCAAUCCCGAAGCUGUCGACACCUUCUUCGAGCAACCAGAGGAUGUGCGUUACCAUACUCUGAAGCGAAACAAGGCGACCAAUUACAGUGUGGUCAGGUUGGAGCUCAUUGAAAAGAUAUACGAUGAUCUAUAUCUCCAAGGGAUCAAGCAACCAGACAAGACUCAAUGGCAGCACCAGGUCAUGCCAACCCGAGAGGUCACCGCCGUUGCCGAGGAUCCAGUGACCAAAAAACUCAGCCUGACUCUUACCAACUUGGACCCGUUGAGCAAUAUGUCCCAGGAGACUCUAGCUUUCGACGCUGUCGUGCUGGCCACUGGGUACCGACGGGACGCGCACAUUGACAUGCUCAGGGAUUGUCAGUGCAUCAACGCAAACAAGAAUGGGGUGUGGCAACCUGGGCGGGACUAUGGCUUGAAAAUGAGUCCGGAAGCUGUGGAGGAAGGCAUGGGCAUUUGGCUACAGGGUUGCAACGAGAGUACUCAUGGUCUGUCAGACUCACUGCUGUCAAUCCUGUCCACACGCAGCGGAGAAAUGGUAGAUUCUAUCUUUGGGCGCGACUUCAGGCUGGGUGGCCAUUGA